ACAUACAAGCGCUCAUCUAACUAAGCCCUGCGAGAAGCAAUGAUUUAAAUAAGAAAGGGGAUUUUCUUUGCUAUCGUCGGGGAGUAUUAUUUUUCCGACAGAUCAACGACAUUCAAACAAUGUAUGCAUAUGCGAGGUUAUCGCAUCAAACUCGCACUUGAUCCAGCUGUGAUCAGCCGUUCCAAAUCCUGUUAGAUCUUUCCAUUUCGGUUGAUUAUCUAACCUGAGAAACUGCGUCAAAAGUUAUAUGUGUGGCGAAGCUAGAUCAGUGAAGUGUCUCCCGGGGGAGGUAGAGUACACUUAUUGUUUGCGUGGGAAGAGCGUGUGUUUUGGGCAUUUCACUAACGACUCGGAAGAAACCGCUAAUGUCCACUGAUGGAAACGGUCGCCCUAAAACGAUAAACAAGUCAGAGGCAAGAUAAAUGACAAUUCGGAGCGAGAACGGUGAAAUUCUGGGUACGUUGGUAAGAGAACACAUCAUUCAUUGAGUCUUUCCUCUUGCGGGAAGUUCUCAGAGACAAACGAGAGCUUUUUGAUUUGCGCCUUUCGACGCCCGGCGGAAAGCGAAAAGUGAGCGCUGGUGGAAGUUGGAUAAAACCUGGCGCCAAGACAAAAAUACAAAUAAAGAGCAAAAAGGGUAAAAUUUAAAUCGAGCCGGAGUGUUGGAAAGCUAUUCAAUAGAUGUGAGAACCUACUACUCGGCUUGAACCGUCUUCGAAAAUGCAGUCGAGGGUAGACUUGCUUACUGCUGGUGAAGAGGCGGCGUUCACUACAUUGCUUAUUUUGAUUUUAAUCUUCGGGUUCUUCGGCAACAUAGCCGUGUGCGUUGCCAUCUGCAAAGACCACCAUUUACGCCAGCAGAUACCAAACGCUUUAAUCUUCAACCUAGCACUAACUGACCUUCUGACGGUAACUCUUGUGGUUCCAUUUUGCGUCUCCGCCAUUCAACGGGAGGACUGGGUUUUCGGCCACUUUUGGUGCCAAACAACGGCUUUUUUGUACUAUACAUUUGCUAUUGUUUCUCUGGAAUCGCUGGCGUUCAUCUCGCUUGAUCGUUUCUACGCCAUCUGUCGCCCGCUUCAAUACCGUAGUGCCGUUACUACAAAAAGACUCAUUCCGGUGAUCAUGCUAUCGUGGGUAUGGGCUAUAGUUUUUACCACCCCUUGCAUCUUCAUGGGCUGGUUUAGAUUCGGCCAAUAUGAGUCGCUUUGCACCUAUACAUUCGACGGCACCGGCGAGAAAUGGAAAACCGCCGUUAUCACAUAUUCCAUCAUUACAAUCAUCACAUGCAUCGUUGUGCCUUUUCUCUUGCUGUUGUAUUCGUAUGUCAGGAUAUUUGCAGCGGUGCGGCACCAGAAUAAACGCGUAGCUACACAACAGCAGCUGCAGCACCAACAACAACUCCAGCACCAGCAAUCAAAUAACAGGCCAAGAAGACGAACUCUCUGGAAUGUGAACACGGCGUACAAGGGCUACCGCACGAUUGUACUCAUCGUUAUUUUAUUUCUCCUUUCCUGGGCCCCUUUUAGCGUGACACGACUUAUAAAGAUCUUUCUAUGGAACCACGAGGCCGUGCCAGCAGGGGCCGACACCUUUGCCACGGUAUUCUCCUUUCUCAGCGCUGCAGCGAACCCUCUUGCUUAUGGCUUGUUUAGGAAGGACUUUAGACGAGCCUUCGCAAAGCUGUUCUGUCAGGCGGUACAGUAUGUGACUUGCGGGAGAGUUAACGUAGAGGAACAACAACGAGAACACUCCAUGAAUCGAGCUACAUCUGGGGUUCAAAAUAGGGACUAGGCAAGCACGACAACAAAGACAAGCACUAGAUGGCCGAUAAAUAAAGCUAUUCAAUUAAUAAUGCAUUUGCUACAAGCUCAAUGAGUUCAUCUUACUUAAAUUUUAGGUCAUAUGCGAAAAAAACUCUCUUAAACUGAGAAAUUUUUCAUUGCCUUUGCGUGUGAAAAAUAGCAAAGAAGCGAGCGCAUUUUCACGUGCUAUUUUGAAUCCCUCACUUUUUGCUUUUCCUCCCUUUUCCUCCCUUAAAGCGAACUCCAAUAUCAGAUCAGAUCAGAUCACUUUGUUAGUUUGAAGUUAAAAAAGUCCUUAGACCUAGGGCUAUGUGAGUAAAGCUAAGAGCGGCUCAUGAGCAAAGAGCUACACGGAUAACGACACGGAAACAAUUAACUUAAACUCGCUCACUCAAAAAGAAACUUCUGAUCAUCAACUAAAUGCCUUUCUCCGGGCAUUUCAUCGGAAAAGGAAGGUAAAUAAAAACUGGAAAAUGAAGGUAAAUAAAAACUGGAAAAGGAAGGUAAAUAAAAACUGGAAAAGGAAGGUAAAUAAAAACUGGAAAAGGAAGGUAAAUAAAAACUGGAAAAGGAAGGUAAAUAAAAACUGAAAAAGGGAGGAAAGGGAGGAAAGGGAGGAAAGGGAGGGAAGGAAGGGGCACUUGGGCUGCCGUUAAGCAGAAUUACAGCUCCAGGCAGUACUCAGCAUGGAUCCGGACUACUAUUUGCUAUGAUGCAGUUCUCAUCGAGAGAAGUGUAAGGAAGUGUUUGUAUGAUAAAACCCCUCUAAAGUUAAGUAGCUCGGCUGGACUCAUAGAUGAAAACCUAAGAAAAUCUGCCUUCUAGCUUUUUUGAAUAGCUAGAAAUUAAAAAAUAUAUGUAUGAUGAAAAAUCUGAAGCCAAAAGGACCUUGCAAGACAGAGCAAAAAAAUGGUAAGUUUUCCAAAAAUAAGGUCUGGUUAACUUCGGUAACCUUGAAUUUUUGCAUAAAGGUUUCUUAUGUUAUGUAAACCAGCAUAUCAAAAAGGGUUUCUUUUCUAAUGGAUUCUUCUUCGAGAUAUGAGGCUUGAAUUGCAAUUUUCAAAUUAAAAGUAUGAAUUCUCCUCGUUUAAGGGAGAAGUCGGGCUCUGAUCAGAAAUGAAGCCAACUUUGCUCGCUACUAUCUUCAUAUCUUCAAAAUUUCUUUAAAAUUUGGAAUUAAGCUUAUGGUCAGAGGAACCCCUUGUAUGUGGAAUCUUGAGCUUGUAUAUUGAGAAUUGGAGAAUCUCAUGCUUUUUUUUUGCUCUGUCACCUUGCAAGGGAUAUUUUAAAGAGCCACAAAGGCACCUCUUAGUGAAGAAGGUGGUUGUUAAGUGAGAAUGCAGGAGAGAACUGAGGUACAGGAAUAAAGUCUGUUGUAUAAUUA